AUGGUCGCUGUCGACCAGAAAGCAGUCCUCAUCGUCAUUGAUGGCUGGGGCAUCCCCAGCGAAACUUCCCCGAAGGAGGGCGAUGCUAUUCUCGCCGCCGAUACCCCGUGCAUGGAUGACUUCGCAAAGGAGGGAUCGAAAACGGCCCAGGGAUAUGCCGAACUCGAAGCUUCCUCCCUCGCUGUUGGCCUUCCCGAGGGUCUGAUGGGUAACAGCGAGGUUGGACAUCUCAACAUUGGCGCUGGCAGGGUCGUCUGGCAGGACGUCGUGCGAAUUGACCUGACUAUCAAAAAGGGCGAAUUGAAGGAUGUCAAGAAUAUCAAGGACUCGUUCAGUCGGGCAAAGAAUGGCAAUGGGAGGCUGCAUUUGCUGGGUCUGGUGUCGGAUGGCGGCGUGCACUCGCAUAUCAACCAUCUGAUAGCUCUCCUCAAGGUUGCCAAGGAUAUGGAAGUCCCGGAGGUCUACAUCCACUUCUUCGGCGACGGCCGCGAUACUGACCCCAAGUCCGGGGCGGGGUAUCUCGAGGAUCUGCUGAAGGCGGCCAAGGAAAUCGGAGCCGGCGAGAUCGCAACGAUAAUUGGCCGGUACUUCAUCAUGGACCGUGACAAGAGGUGGGACCGAGUCGAGGUUGGCAUGAAGGGCCUUGUUACGGGAGAAGGAGAAGACAGCAGCGAUCCCGUCGCAACGAUCAGGGAGAGAUAUGAGAAGGGCGAGACGGACGAGUUCCUAAAGCCCAUAAUUGUCGGCGGGAAGGGUCGAAGAAUCCAAGACGGCGAUACCCUCUUCUUCUUUAACUACCGCUCGGAUCGAGUCCGAGAAGUCACCCAGCUCAUGGGUGACUUUGACCGAUCUCCCAAGCCCGACUUCCCCUACCCCAAAGACAUCUCCGUCACGACGAUGACCCAAUACAACGUCAAGUACCCCUUCCCAAUCGCCUUCCCUCCCCAGCGCAUGAACGACGUGCUCGCAGAAUGGCUGGCCAAGCAGGGCAUCAAGCAGUGCCACGUCGCCGAGACGGAGAAGUAUGCUCACGUGACCUUCUUCUUCAACGGCGGUGUUGAGAAGCAGUUCGACAUGGAGGAGCGUGACAUGAUCUCCUCCCCCAAGGUUGCUACAUACGACUUACAGCCCAAGAUGAGUGCCAUGGCUGUCGCGGAGAAGCUGUGCGAGAGAAUCCGGGAGGGCAAGUUUGAGUUCCUGAUGAACAACUUUGCCCCGCCGGACAUGGUUGGCCACACGGGCGUGUACAAAGCGGCGAUAGAGGGCGUGACGGAGACAGACCGAGCGAUCAAGAAGGUGUACGAGCAGUGCAAAGAGAGCGGAUACGUCCUCUUCGUCACUGCUGAUCACGGCAACGCUGAAGAGAUGCUCAACGACGAAGGCAAGCCGAAAACCUCGCACACGACGAACAAAGUCCCCUUCGUCAUGGCCAAUGCGCCAGAGAACUACAGCCUGAAAAAUACAGAUGGUGUGCUGGGAGACGUUGCGCCCACGAUUCUGGCCACCAUGGGGCUGCCGCAGCCAGAGGACAUGGACGGCCACAGCUUGCUGAUCAAGGCGUGA